AUGGAUAUUGUAACUGCUGGAAUAUAUUUAAAUGGAAAACCUUCAGGGGAAAGACAAUUAAAUAAGAAUUCUUCUCUUUCAGAUAUAAGAAAAGAAAUUGAAAAUGUAAAAAAUAUUCCAAAAGAAUUUGUAUUUGAAGAUCAAAAAGGAAGUAAAAUAGAAAAAGAUAAAGAACAAACAUUAAAAUUAACUUCUAUUCUGUAUGAUAAUAAGAUCAAUAUAACAGAAAAAAUAGUACCUGUCAUUUCACCAAGUAACACUAAAGUAUUUGAUGCUCCACCAAAACUACGUUACAACACUUCUUUAAACAAUGCUAUAUUACCUUUCGGUUCACCGCGUAAUACUGUUAUAUCAUAUACUUCUCCAAAUGACACUACAGAUGUACCUGAAAAAAAUGUUCCAAUUAAAGGAAGUAUAAGAUUGAAAAAUCAUGAAGAAGGAAAAUUGAAAAUAUAUUUAUAUCCAAAUAAACCAUUUAAUCCAAAGGAUGAGAACGAUGCAAUUGCUAUUUUAGUUGUUGGUCAAACAGGAAGUGGUAAAACAACAUUAUUAAAUAGUUUUGUAAAUGCAUUAUAUGGAAUCAAGAUAACAGAUGAUUUUAGAUAUAUAAUUAUAAAUGAAGAUAAUUUAAAACAGAGUGGAGAUCAAUCUAAAAGUCAAACAAGUAAAGUUUCAAUUUAUAAUAUUAAAAGAACAAAAAGAGCACCACCAAUAAAAAUAAUAGAUACACCUGGAUUUGGAGAUACAAGAGGAAUUGAAUAUGAUAAAGAAAUUACUAGACAAAUCAAAGAAGCAUUUGAAACAAAAGUAUUAGAUUUAAAUGCUAUUUGUUUUGUUGCACAAUCAAGUAAUGCAAGAUUAACACUAAAUCAGCAGUAUAUAUUUGGGAAUAUUAUUAAUUUAUUUGGGAAAGAUGUAAAAAAGAAUUUUAUUGCUAUGCUUACAUUCUGUGAUGGUAAAAAACCACAAAUUAUUAAUGCAUUAGAAUCAAAAGAUUGUAUUUUCAGUACAAUUAUUCCAGAAAUAGAUAAACCAUGGAACUUAAAGUUUAAUAAUUCAGCUAUUUAUGAUGAUAAUACUGAAGAUGAAUUUACACAAAUGUUUUGGAAAUUAGGAAUGAAAAGUUUUGAUGAGUUUAUUUGA